ACCCUGAGAGUGACCGUUGAUGUUGUGUGAGGGAGAUGGACACACGAAACUACUUCAUCAGGACAAUGGACGGCUAUACCGACGAUCUCUGUGCAGUAAAGGAGCGCCCUCUCCUGGACAUGCCUACAGUGAAACGCAAUUUUCUGAAUUCCGAAGGAUAUUCAACAGAUUCAGGAAUGGAGGACGGGACACUAAGCCCAGUAUCGUCUAUUGGUUCCGAGCCUCAAGAAUUCCCUAGAAAUUUGUCAAUGAACGAUGCAGGACCCGAAGUUGCAAGAGCUGUUUAUCCGGUGAAGCCAAAAGUUCUGAACCCUUCGGAAAGUUCUGCGUUCAACAAGAUUGAAAAACUGACUCCGACGUAUCCCAUGACUUUUGGAUCAAUUCCGCCGAUGUGCGUUCCACCAUCGAUGGGUUAUUUUCCCGGAUUUUUUCUAUCACCAUGGAUGUCCGAAUCCAUGUCCCGAGGACAUCUUAAUCACACAUCAGCAGGACCUUACCAAAAACAGGAUAUGACGUCACCAAGAAGUUUUGACACUUCCGAUUCGGAAGAAACUUUAUCCACAUCGCCAGAAAAGCAGCCAUUUUUCCAUGUUGAUCCGAGAAUUCCAUUUACCAAUUAUUUUAUGAACUUAACAAAAAUGUUUCAGCGAGAAAAUGAACUGUUAGGAAGAAAGGCCGUGGAAAGCAAAGUCACAGAACGCAAUAACAACACUGACAACAACAUUGACCGGAACUUGAAUGAAUGCACUUCCGGUGAUGAAGAAAGUUUAGAUCAUGCUUUAGUUGAUAUCAAGAAAGAACAAAUAGUCCGUACAAUUGACAGAAAAGAACCAAGCCCUCCCCAUAUUCACCAAAGAAACAUUAACACGACAGAGACCCGAGCACCCUUAGCAUCAGUUCAUCCCAGAAUGAAUUUAGAAAAUCCAUCACAAAACGGACAUUUAUUUCAAGGAUCGCCAUCAUUUCCGGGACUUAACAGAAUGACGUCAUAUCCGGGAUCACUUGGACCAUCGACGCCGAUGCUUCCGUUCUUAGGUAGCAUCCCACCUGCAUCUGGAAUUUUCCAUCCAGCGUUCCUGCAAAUGACCGGACUAAGCGGAAAGCGCGGCAACCCAGACAAGCCGGCUCCGGUGAAGAAAUACAAGUGUGACGUCUGCGGGAAAGCUUUCUCAAGGAGCAACACGCUUGUCACGCAUAAAAGGAUACAUACAGGAGACAAGCCGUUCAAGUGUGAGAUUUGUAGCCGAGCAUUCCGCCAGCCAGGGAACCUAACCCGCCAUCGCCUCACCCACACGACCGUGAAACCUUAUGUGUGUCCGCAGUGUAGCAAGGCAUUCAACAGGGCAUCUAAUUUGCAUACGCACAUGCGUACUCAUACCAAUUACAAACCCUUCAUCUGUCCGUAUUGUGGGAAAGGAUUUCAUCAAAAGAUCGACAUGAAAAUCCACUGCUAUACUCAUACCGGAGAGCGACCACAUCGCUGUGAUGUUUGCGGAAAGGGAUUUUCUCUAGCAAGUACUCUCACAACUCAUAAACGGAUCCAUUACGACACGUCAUAUCCGGUCGAUCAUAUGACAGGAACCGGAAGUGCACAGCAAAACUAGAAUUUAAUAACAGAAAAAAUAGAUGUAUUUGGAGAAGUGAACAAUUCCAAAAUGUAGUAUUUUUAUUAGUAGAUGAAAUGUUUUAUUCUGAUAUAAUAAAUUCAAUAACCUCGGCUCUGUUCUUCAAAAGGAUCUCAAUCAUCAUAUUAUUCUGAUACAAUGAAGAAAGUUCAGAUUAGAAACAUGUAUAUACUACCGGUAUUUUCAAUGAAUAAUUUCAAUGCUGUAAUUGUCACGGUGUGGUUAUUUUCGCUAAAAUGACCCGUGGAUAUAUCCACCCGCUAUUAACAAAGUGCAUACUGCAAAAUACAUAUGUAACAAAAACAAAGUCAGAACAUGGAAAUGUUAAUAUUUGCAGCAAGCACUUAUAUAUCCAUGCAAUUGAUGCAUAAUACAUCUUCAAGUAUUUCGUCUUUUCAUUUUGAGACAGUAUUAACAAAAAACUUCAAAUUGAAAAUUAACCAUUGGUGCAGUGCUCCGUAUAGUACAUAGGAUAGUUUGAAUCUUUAGUGCAAUAAUUAUAUAAUGUAAUGUAUAGGUGCUUAUCUAUAUCACUGUUAAUUUAUUAUUAUUUGUUUUAUUAAUGAACUUGAUAGUUAUCAUCAAUAAUGAUGAUUUAAAUGAAUUCCAUUCUUAUGAAUCAUGUUUUUAUUGUUUGAUGUUUAAUCAUUUAAAGUCAUAUGUACACGAUUGAUCUAGUCGUGUUAAUUCUUAUUGUGUCGUAAAAAUGUGUAUUGUACCUGUAGUGUUUUAAAUGGUUGUUAAAAGGAAAUAAAAGUCGUUAUUGUAGUAAAAUAAAA